GGCGCGGCUGUGUGCAACCGGGCCCCGGCCGCUGCCGCCGUCCGGGUCGCCGCCGGGUCUCGAAGACCGGGCUGUCUGCGCUCGGGGAGGAGCCGCCGCCAGCCAGGCACCAUGAACAGCAGCAGCGCCAACAUCACCUACGCCAGUCGCAAGCGGCGGAAGCCCGUGCAGAAAACUGUCAAGCCAAUCCCAGCUGAAGGAAUCAAGUCAAAUCCUUCAAAGCGGCAUAGAGACCGACUUAAUACAGAAUUGGACCGCUUGGCCAGCCUGUUGCCUUUUCCACAAGAUGUUAUUAAUAAGCUGGACAAACUCUCAGUUCUUAGGCUCAGUGUCAGUUAUCUAAGAGCCAAGAGCUUCUUUGAUGUUUCAUUAAAGUCCUCACCAGCUGACAGAAAUGGAGUCCAGGACAACUGUAGAACAAAAUUCAGAGAAGGCCUGAAUUUGCAGGAAGGCGAGUUCUUGCUACAGGCUCUAAAUGGCUUUGUGUUAGUUGUCACUACAGAUGCUUUAGUCUUUUAUGCUUCUUCUACUAUACAAGAUUACCUGGGAUUUCAGCAGUCUGAUGUCAUCCAUCAGAGUGUAUAUGAAUUGAUCCAUACUGAAGACCGAGCUGAAUUUCAACGUCAGCUGCACUGGGCGUUAAACCCUUCACAGUGUCCAGACUCUGGACAGAGAAUUGAUGAAGCGAGUGGCCUCUCACAGCCAGCAGCUUAUUAUAACCCAGAACAGCUUCCUCCAGAAAAUUCUUUUAUGGAGAGGUGCUUUGUUUGCCGACUAAGAUGUCUUCUGGAUAAUUCAUCUGGCUUUCUGGCAAUGAAUUUUCAAGGUAGGUUGAAGUAUCUUCAUGGACAGAACAAGAAAGGGAAAGAUGGAUCAAUACUUCCACCUCAGUUGGCUCUGUUUGCAAUAGCUACUCCACUUCAGCCACCAUCCAUACUUGAAAUCAGAACCAAAAAUUUCAUCUUUAGAACCAAACACAAACUAGACUUUACACCUACUGGUUGUGAUGCCAAAGGAAAAAUUGUUUUGGGCUAUACUGAAGCAGAGCUGUGCAUGAGAGGAACAGGGUAUCAAUUUAUUCACGCUGCUGAUAUGCUUUAUUGUGCUGAGUACCAUGUACGGAUGAUUAAGACUGGAGAGAGUGGCAUGAUAGUGUUCAGGCUUCUUACGAAAGACAAUCGAUGGACAUGGGUGCAGUCAAAUGCACGCUUAGUUUAUAAAAAUGGAAGACCAGAUUAUAUCAUUGCAACUCAGAGACCUCUCACAGAUGAAGAAGGAAAAGAACAUCUACGAAAACGCACUCUGAAGUUGCCUUUUAUGUUUGCCACUGGAGAAGCUGUUCUCUAUGAGAUAACCAGCCCUUUUACUCCCACAGUGGAUCCCUUACCAGUCAGGACUAAAAGUGGUGCUAAUGGAAAAGAUUCAGCUACAAAGUCAUCUCUAAGUAAGGAUUCCCUCAACCCUAGCUCCCUCCUGAGCGCCAUGAUGCAGCAAGAUGAGUCUGUUUAUCUCUGCCCUGCUUCAAGCAGUACACCUUUCGAAAGAAAUUUUCUCAGUGAGUCUCUGAAUGAAUACAGUAGUUGGCAAAACAGUGUUGCACCAAUGGGAAGUGAUAAUGUCCUGAAACAUGAGCAAAUUGGUCAGUCCCAGGAAAUGAACCUGACACCCUCUGGAGAUCAUGCCGGGCUCUUUCCAGAUAGUAGAAAUAGUGACUUGUACAGCAUUAUGAAACACCUAGGCAUUGAUUUUGAGGAUAUUAAACACAUGCAACAGAAUGAGGAAUUUUUCAGAACUGACUUUCCUGGUGAAGAUGACUUCAGAGACAUUGACUUAACAGAUGAAAUUCUGACCUAUGUGGAAGAUUCUUUAAAUAAGUCUACCUUUGGAGGUUCAGGUUACCAACAAUCCUUGGCUUUGAACUCAAGCUGUAUGGUACAGGAGCAACUCCAGUUAGAGAAGCAGCAGCAGCAGCAGCUACAGCACCAUCAAAAGCACAUAGCAGUGGAGCAGCAGCAACAACUGUGUCAGAAAAUGAAGCAUAUGCAAGUUAAUGGCAUGUUUGCAAACUGGAGCUCUAACCAACCCGUGCCUUUUGGUUGUCCUCAGCAAGACCUACAGCAAGACCUACAGCAGUAUAAUAUCUUUCCAGACUUACCUGGAACCAAUCAAGAGUUUUCCUACAAAUCUGAGAUUGAUACUCUGCCUUACACACAGAACUUUAUUCCCUGUAGUCAGUCUGUGUUGCCACAACAUCCCAAGGGUCCACAGUUAGACUUUUCUAUAGGGAAUUUUGAACCAGCCCUGUACCCUACUACUUCUUCUAAUUUAGAAGAUUUUGUCACAUGUUUACAAGGUGCUGAAAACCAAAAGCCUGGACUAAAUCCACAGUCAGCCAUGGUGACUCCUCAGACAUGCUAUGGUGGAGCUGUGUCCAUGUACCCGUGCCAGCCGGACUCUCAGCAUAGCCAUGUGGCCCAGAUGCAGUACAGCCCAGCAAUGCCAGGCCCACAGGCCUUUUUCAACAAGUUUCAGAGCGGAGGAGUUUUAAAUGAAACUUACCCAAAUGAAUUAAAUAGCAUAAAUAACACUCAGACUACCACCCAUCUUCACCCGUCAGAAGCCAGAACUUUCCCUGACUUGACAUCUAGUGGAUUCCUGUAAUACCAUGCCCACUUUUCACCUUGGUUUUUGGAUGAGUUUGUGAACCGUUACUGAGUCAUCAACCUGUCAGUGUUGGACAUCAGCAAGUUCACAGGGAAGCAUUGAUGUGUGUUGUUCUGUUACUCCAAACCAAAUUUUAAAGUUUUUAUAAGAGGAGUAAAUUACAUAUCUAUAGUCAUUAAAAUUGAAAGUGUGGGCCCACAGAGGAGUGAGACCCCAUCUACAUUUUACAGUAUUCUGAAAUAAUAAUAUCACAGAAUCUAUAAAACUUCAAGGGGACUUUGUGACAGUUUUAAAUAAGUCAGAAUAAAAUGAACUGCUUUGAGUUUUGAACUUAUAGAUUCUUAUUACUGUACCAAAUAUGAACUAUUUCAUUUUUAGCUUCUGCUUCUAUCUCAGAUGUUAAAAUGAGUGGUUUGGUGCUUUUAUAAAAAGAUAUUCUCAGUACUCUCCUCCUUCCUUGGUCAUGUAAGUGCCUCACAAUUUUUUCUACCUAUAACACUGUAGGAGUAUAUUUUAUAUAAAAUAUACUUUCUCUUUUUAAAAGUAAUAAUAUUCGGCACACAAAUAUUAUUAGUAUUUCUUAAAUUCAGUCAUUUUUAUUAGUCCAGGCAUGUUUUAACUGCACUACUCACCCACUUUCUUCAGGUAAAGGACAAAUAAUGAUUGAAAAGAUAAUUAUUUAUUAUAUAAUCUAGUUGCUUCUAGACUUUAAUGUUGCCAUGUGCCUUACACUGAACAGUUUUGAAAGUAAAAAUGUCCUUCCAAAUUAUUUUUAAUGAUCAUAUAAAUAUUAAGACAGCAGCACUAAAGUUUCAACUUUUCAGAAGUAAUAAGAGAUAGACCACCAUUUGUCUUUAUUGAAAACUCCACCCUGAUAGUUGACUGUUGCAGUAUAAAAAAAAUCUGCUGUUAAAUGUAGCCCUGUUUAUUAACUGAAAAUGAAAAGAAGCAGUUUUAUUUUUAGCUCUUUAAGAAUAAGGCACCUAUUUCAAUGUGUAUAAAUUCUUUAAAAACUGUUUUAGCUCUAUAAUCCUUUAAGAUGGUAUAGUAUAUUAACUAUAAAUUUCACUUCUUAGUACAGUGGAAACUUUGUUUUUCUCAUAUUUGAGGAGUGUUAAGACUGGAUGUAGUGAUGUUUGGUGUAAAGUAUUGAGUGAAAAGAAUGGUGUGUUGUGUAGUUUAUAAAGAACAAAAUUAUUGGUAAAAUAUUUCUGUCUUUCAUUUAAAGAUAGUGCAUACCUUCUAUAUGCACAUAAAUAAUUUGAGUCACCAUAUUUUAUUAGUGUCAUUUUCAGAGAGCAAAUAAUGAGUCCAACUUCUUUUAAAAGUUGGUAUUAAGGCAACCAUGCAGUUCUCUUAAAAUAUGAGGUUGUUUCUAUUAUAAAAUGACCUUUAUUGUCAGUAAGGCAAAUUAAUCACUCUACUAAUAAUUUUAUCAUCCUCAGUUGACUUGCAAGUGCAACCAUGGCCUUUCUUUUAUUUAAACAUGAGAUCUGAAAGGCUCAGUCACAUUUUGCAUGUAAAUAAAACAUGGAGUUCCAACCUGAGAUAUAGUAUUAAAAUACAUUUUUUUUUCGUAAAUUAAUGUAUAUAAAAGUGACUUUGGACAAAAUAUCUAUGUCAGUUCUAUGCAUUUUCAGUCAAAACGCUGAACCUGUAGUCAAUAUGUGUUGAAAAAAUAGAUUUGUCUAAAACAUUUCAUAAUUUGUUUCCAGCAUAAGGUGUCACUAAUGAUUAGACCAGUGGUCCAGAUUAAUACUCCAUUUUUACGUUUAAACCUUACAUUAAAAGUCUUCAUAUAAAUAAUUUUUGUUAGUUUCUUCCACACAUUACUGGAUGAAUUGUUUAGUGAAAAACAUAGGCUUUUUCAAUUGUGAAUACGAUGACAAUCAAUUAUACACUUAUUAUAAAAUUUUUAAAAAUUCAAAGAAAUAUUGUAUAUUUUUAUCUAUAUAAAGUAACUAAAGUUUAUCUAAUAAUAAUAAUAAUAAAAUCACAUUAAACCAAACACACCUUUGUCUGUAUUGCUAAGUGCCAAACAAAGAAUGCUUUAUGUACUGCUAUACCAAGGGAUUUAUUUUUAGAUGAUGUAUACUUCUAAGGAUGUGGAUGUGUUGAUUUGAUCUUUUCCUGUGGCAGGUGGUUCUUCCAGUACCUGAAGAUUCCCCAGUGUUCCAAUGUAUUAUAGAGCUUUCAAUCAUUACUGUGCACAUAGUGUUUUUCAGUAUUACUCAACUUUAGGUAAAUGUUUUCAUGGGUGUUCUCUCCCUCAAGAUGUUACUGCUUACAUAUGCCAUGCAUACAUUUUUGUUUAAAGUAUGAUUUAUAAUAUCCUUAUCAAACAAAAUUGUAUACAAUAAUAUAUAUGGUAAUAAAAUAAUCACCAAGUAUGAAUAAUA